AUGGCCCCCGUCGGUCGUUGGCAAAAAGGAAGAGAUUUAAAUUGGUAUGCAAAAGGAGACGACGAUACGACUGGUGGCGAAACCGCAGAGGAGAAACAGGCACGGGAAAGGAAGGAAGAGAUUCGAAAAAUAAAAGAGGCCGAGGAAGAUGCGAUAGCAAGAGCUUUAGGAUUACCGGUUGCGCAACGAGGCGAAGCUACAGGAGUGAAUAAUGUGGAAGUUGGGGAAUUAAAAAGAGUUAUUAAGGAAUCUGAAGAAGGAAAUGAUGAUGUUGAAGGGAUGGGAAAGGGUACCGGAUUCGGCGAUUUUGUGGGCAAUACCGAUGGACAAGAGAUGCCGCAGGUAAAGGCCGAGCCUUUAGAACAGAGGAGUGGACUACUGAGGAAUAAUCGCGAUGAUGAAGGAUUGAGAGAAGCUGGAGGGAAUAGGGAAGGGAGAUCAAAAGAUAAAGAUAGGCGAAGACACAGAAGCCGAAGCGCCGACGUGAUGAGAGCCCUCGAAGAAGGGAAAGAAAUCGAAGUCCAGAAGUGCGACACCGCAGACAUCGCAGUAGAAGUCUGGAUCGAAGACAUCGGUCAAGGAGGGAUGAUGGAGAUUUUAGAAGCAAUAACCAACGAGAUCGAUUACCUCGAAGAAGUCGCUCACCUGAGAUACGCGGUCGAGAAGAAAGAGUGCCGGGGAGGAGGCGUUAAUUCAUUGCAUUGCUUGUACAUUGGGGGUUUAUUGGAAUGGCGUUGCGUACUUUUUUGCUUGCUCAGCAGCCUCGUCAGAUCUUCCCAGCAGAGGCAAAUCGACAUACCGCGAAACGACACAGAGGUUACUGUGACCAUGGACUUUACGAAACUACGAGCAGCUGCGCUGAAUAAUGGGGAUGAUGAGGAGGCUGUUACGGUUAAUACGAGAGCUUUGAUAGAUAAAGUCCUAGCUAGAUACUCUGGAGAAUGGACGACCUUACGAGAAUUAAUUCAAAAUGCUGCGGACGCGCAGGCGACAACCGUUACCAUCAAAUUCGAGACCUUACCCUCGAUACAGGUCCCGACACCGAAUACCACAAAUCAGUCAGAAGUAUUGAAACAUGUUCUGCUAAACCAUACACUGAAGAGGUUGUUAGUCACCAACAAUGGGCAAGCAUUUGGAGUCAAUGAUUGGUCGAGGUUGAAGAGAAUAGCUGAGGGGAAUCCUGAUGAAACGAAGAUUGGAGCGUUCGGUGUAGGCUUCUAUAGUGUUUUUGCCGAUUGCGAGGAUCCUUUUGUCAGUUCAGGAGAUCAGGCUAUGGCUUUUUACUGGAAGGGGAACUCCUUAUUUACCAAGAAGAUACAAUUGCCUCCUAGUGAAGCGAAUCCAAAUACCAGCUUCGUCCUUGACUACCGAAACAAUACGACGCCAAUGCCUAAUCUUCUCUCUAUAGCACAAUUUUUGGCGACAAGUUUGACGUUUGUGGCUUUACAGAGUAUUGAAUUAUAUGUUGAUGAUUACAAGAUUAUUUCAUUGAAGAAGAAAUCAGCUCCAAGCUAUAAUGUACCUAUCGCAAGGGACGUUGAAACAAGAUCGAAAGAAGGACUCAUGAAAGUCCAAAGCCUUGAGAGAGAAAGCGUGCAGAUGGAUGCAACUUUCAUGAGUGUUGUAGGCUGGAAACCUGCCAAGCCAUCCACGUCAAAGCCCUCUUAUGACAAUAGUUAUGGGAGUUCUGAUAUACCUUCUCUCCGUACAUUCUUCUCCAGAUUUUCUUCAAAUAAUAGCCAGGCUCUACAAAAAGCAAAAGCCUUGCAAGAGGAAAAGGCCAUGCAAGAAGUGCUACUGGAAGAUUUAACAGCUUUGACAACUACUAAUGUCUUUCUACGUGUGACUACGGCAAUGAUCAAGACUUACGUUCAGCCAAGUUUUGCUGCCGAGUUGGAACGAGCAACCAAGAAACCACCUCCCAAGACAACCAAAUUAGCUAUCCUCACAUCUUCAUAUGAUGAAACGGAAGCAUCUGCAAAUGAUAGUCUAGUUUCGAAGAACUUCGAUGUCUUUGCAUCUGUUCUUCCGGGAAAGAAACCUGGUGGGCGAGUAUUUAUUGGUUUCCCAACUCAUCAAACCACCGGAGCGGGUAUGCAUUUGUCGGCGCCAUCAGUUAUUCCGACGGUAGAGCGAGAAUCUAUUGAUUUAAAUGCACGGUAUGUACGAACAUGGAAUCUUGAGAUGCUCAGAGUUGCCGGAAUCAUGGCAAGGUUAGCAUUUUCCAAUGAAAUGUCCGAUCUUGCCGACAGGGUUAAACGUGCUACGCAAUCCAAUGGAAAUGGAAAUAAAGUUACGAAGCGUGAGAUUGAACAGUUUAUGCCUGAAGCUGCACAUAUUCUAAAAACGUUUACGUUCGGGGAUUCUACUCCAAGUUCUCAAGUUGCACAGAUCAUCGAAGAAGCAUUCUGGACAGCGUAUAAGCAGGCAUCCAUUGAAGUAUAUAGCACUAGGAGUGUUCUCCCCACGACAAAGGUCCGGUUAGCUACGGAAGAUUUGAGUGGCUUUGUUGAGGGAAUCCCCGUAGUUCCAGAUGCACUCGUCAAGUCUGAGUUCGUGCAAAAGUUGAAGGACUUUGAGCUUAUCACCGAGAUUACGAUUGGUGAUGUUAAGCAGGAGCUUGAAGCAAAGGCACUUACUAAUGAGCAACUGAUACAGUUUCUUAAAUGGGCAGGUCGUAAGGCUGUGCUUGUAGCUACACUUGGGGAUGAUAGUAACCAGGGUGGAAUCAUCGCGCUGGGCAGCAUCACCAAUUAUUUGAAUGUUGCCAGGAUACCUCCCGAGGCACCAGUUCCUCCAACGACAAUUCCUUUCGAAUUUACUCGAGAAUGUCAACCAAACGAGCUCCAGGCCCUCGGAUGGGAGCCUCUUGAGAUUGUGCCGUGGUUACGUUAUUUGAUAGAAACAAAAGAUAGAAAUGGGCUUGAGCAAAACAUAACUACGACUCCACAAUUCGCGGCUAAGGUUCUUCAUAUUAUUUCAAAGUCAUGGGAAGGUAUGAGUGCCAACUCGAAAGCGAGUGUCAUAUCAUUACUUUCGCCAUUGACCGUCAUUCCAACUAAGUGCGGUAUGAGGAAACCUGGUGAAGCUUUCUUCGAAAGUGUAAAGCUUUUUGAGGAUCUACCUACUCUCACAAACUGUCCAGGUGUCAAAGAAAAGUUUCUUGCAGCUAUUGGAGUACGAAAGACAGUAGAUUUGGAGACGAUUUUCAGUCGACUUCUUGCACCUAACACACAAGCUAAAGAAGGCGAGGUCUCCAAGAGCAGUCGUCACAUGGACCUGAUCAAGUAUCUAGCAUCGGUAAAGGAUGAUAUUCCACUAGAAGAUCUCAAGAGAUUGAGAGAAUCACAAAUAUGCCCCGCUGAGGCAGGACCGCCAGGCCAAGAAUCAUCACAAGGCACUGCCCGGAUGUACAAAGUUCGUGAACUGUUCGAGCCUAAAGAUGAUCUCAGAAACUUGAAACUACCAAUAAUUCAAUGGCCAGGAGCACAUUUCAAUUCUAGAUCAAAUGAAGGCCGUUUCUUGGCCAUGCUGGGGUUGAGAUCCUUCCCUGCCGUCCCUGAACUUAUUGAUUUGAUGUCAUCAACUGAUUCUAUUCUCCGAGACAAGGCUAUGGUUUACUUCAUAGCGAACCAUCACACUAACGGUUAUGCGUCUUUUGAUGUCAGUGCCACUAUCAAAGCAAUUCUCCCGAUUGAAGGUGAUAAGAAUCUAAGAGUUGCACCUCUAGAGUGCUUCACGAAUGAAAAGAGCUCGGUUCUUGGUUUCUAUAUCUUACGAAAUGACCUUCGAAUUCAUGCCAAUAAAUUCGGUGUUGUAGUCAAUCCUUCUAUAACAGAAUGCGCCAAUCGACUCAUUCAAAAUCCACCAAAAAGUCGUCGUGAGGCCCUCACCCUUUUUGGUUACUUUUCGAGUAGACUUGGUGAACUUGGUCUCCAUAGUUGCAUCAAACUUGGGGAUUCCGCUAUUGUCCCAGUGCCUGAUCAUGGAGAAACGUCGAAAGGGUUUUACAAUGAGAUGGUGCAGAAUUCUAGCAAGAUCAAGUAUCUCACACCUCGACAAUGUUACUUGGGAAGUUCUUCGGAGUAUAGCAACAUUUUUGACUUUGUUGAUUUUGGAACCGAGGCCAAUGCCUUUCUUUUGAAAUUUGAUUUGCCCAUGUUGAAGAAAGAUAAGCCUCUUUUCAGGCAAAUGAAGCUUUCUAAAUUCCUUCUUGGAUCUAAGGAAAUCUUGGCUGCGAAGGAAAGACCAAAGUCAACCAGUCUCUUGGAUGAGCAGGAAUCUGAAGUGGAAGAACUAGAAGAUGCCCCGCUCAAACAAUGGCAUUUGGAGCAAGCCAAUAAGAUUGUUGUUGUUGAUGAUUAUAAUAGCUACCGUCUCUUCAAAGAGAGUCUGAUUUGUGCACCUCUGGAGGAUAAAUUGGAAGAAUUCUAUCUUGCACUCGGCUCUGCCAAUCUUAGUGAAAUUGUACAAGAAGAUCUCCGCGUUGGUGAGGCGGUUCCGUACCAAGGAGAUUCCGCCAAACUCCGGAAGCAUAUUCUCGAGAGAUCAAAACUCUUCCUGCAUGAAUCACCUCGAGAGAAUGUGAGGCGGGAUAGUCGAUGGCUGGAGAAGAAUUUGACAGUAUCAACUGUUAGCGGCAUACAAGUCAGGCGGUCUUUGAGAGGUCAUAAUUUAUCGAAUACAGAGAAGAGAACUGCUGCUUGUGUCCAAGGCCGACAUGAAGGGUUGAAACUCUUAGUUACUAAUGCAUACGAUACAUAUCAAAUCAGUCAGGCUAUGUGCAAGCACUUGCUAGCUCGCCCGCAGCAACAGUCUCACCUGACAUUUGAGUCCUUCCUUACUCUAUCCUUGAUGCAAUUACGUUCUCGUGGUUAUAAUGUGGAAAGAAUUCUUAGAGCCAAGGCAGCUGAAGCACGAAUCGCAGAAGAGGAACGCAAGCGACAGCUUGCCAUAGAGCAAGAACAGAUCAAAGAGCAAGAAAAUCAAUGGCAACAAGACCGUAAUCAACAGACAGCUGUGGCUUCGGUAGCUUCUCAGGAGGAAACCCGUCGUGACUCUCACGUUGCAAUGCCAGGGGCAUUUGGUUCUGAUUCUCCAUCACCACCCCAGGUCAAGAAAGAGAAAAAUCGUGGAUUGUUCGCAAAUCUUACACGUCGAUUGGGUCUCGAUAACAGUGAUGAUGAAUCACCAAGAUCCCCUACCACACGGACACCAUCAUCCGAAGAUGCGCCACCACCUUAUAGUGAGACUGCGGGGCAGAAGCCACAGACAGAAAGUGUCACCUCUAACGGAGCCAUCAAACAAAAUCUUCUUAAUGCCAUUCAAGCAUCUCGAGCCCACGACUCCUCUGAUCUAUUCUCGCCUCCCUCUGCAAAUCGAGUCAAGGAACAAGCCGAAUAUUGUGAUUCUGCUUCUGGCCAAAACCUCACAUACUUUGCCGAUACUUCCAAUGGCACACGCGUCUUCACAUCCAACGACAGGGUCAAUCCUAACGGCCCCAAGUUAACGGAUUUCUUAGCUGGCAAUGUCUCUUCCCUCAACGUCUUCGCAACUUUACUUCAUGAAGCCGCGGAUAUAUAUAACUUGCCCAGAAAAGCUAUCCAUAUCUUUUAUGAUGACCAUGGGAAUACGAUUGCUUUUAAUAGUAAUGGCAGUAUAUUUUGUAAUUUUAGAUUCUUUGAACAAUUACAUCGCAAGAAGCUGGAAUCGAAGGGUGGAGAGGAAAAGGUUGAAGCGGGAGCUUAUUGGUGGGUAGUGCUUGCGCAUGAGUUGGCACAUAAUUUAGUUAGUGCGCAUAAUUCGGAUCAUAGUUUCUAUACCGAACAACUUAUCGCGAACUACUUUCCAAAAAUGAUGGCGAGAGCAACCAAAUACACUGCAGUACCGCCAACACCAAGAGAGGCUACUGAACAACGAAGUUCGAGUUCUAAUUAA